AUAGGGUUUCCCUCUCAUCGRUGACGAUGUUGCUUCUCCACUUUUCUUUAUCACUUCACAAAUUCCUAGCAGUGGCCUCCCCACUCCAGAAUUGAAGCAGAAUCUCGUAUUUUCCAGAGGAAGCCUCUCUCCACCUCGUUUCCACUCGUGGAGAACUAUCACCGAAUCACAAUGGCGUCAUCUCUGUUGAAAUCUCGGGGCAGACAAACAUGAGAGGAGUGGGAGGGCCAUUACUGUGCAUAGGGGAUCUGCUGGGUGAUGUCGGGGAAAGAGAUGGUGGAGAGCACCGGGAAGCCCCUUCCUUAUCAUCUUCAUCUUCUUCAGGUUCCAAUAUAAAUGCUUGUCUUCAACCAGUUGAUCUUAAGCAACUCUUCCAGGAAAACUACAACCAGUUGAACGAGGCAUUGGCGGGGACUGACCACUCGUGGUCAUCUCUUACUCUCAAGUUAUGUACUGCGUUGGAGACUGCAGACAAAUUGGUCCAAUUUGCCAAUUCAAAUGCCAAAAUACUUUCAGAGAAGGUUGAAGAGCUUGAAAACAUUGUAAAGCGGGAAGACUCUGCUGUAGCGGCAGCAAAAGUGAUUCAUCUUUCAAGAAACAAAAAGUAAAGACUUGUUGGAAACGGAAUUUGAAUGACAGAUUAAUUAGGCUAACAAGGCUGAAGAGUGAAGAUUUGUGGAGUUUAUGGAAUUUGCUUUAGUCAAGUUAGUAAAAAUGUUGGCUAUUCUCAAUUCCACAAGAGAACAAAUGGAAUCCGAAAUGGAGAACAUUGCUUAUUUAUCUCAUUGCAUUAUUAUAUUGAGUUCCUUUUCUCAUUUAUUUUGGGCAACAUUGUUAAGUCUGCAAGGAAGUGAGAGGUAAUUUGUGAAAGGAAUAGCAUUGGUUUAGUCAUCAGGUGGACUGUAUCUAUGCGUUGCCUUCUGCUGUUGUUCAUCACUAUUUCGUCCUUGAUUGAAUUGUUGAACUUCAACAGUCAUUUAUGCAUCA